AUUCUAUCAUACUAUAUCAAAAUGGCCACAGCGGUACAGAACCCCCUCAAAUCGCAAUCUGGAGGUGCAGUCAUCAAGAACAGCCUCGGCGAGGAGUUUUAUAAGGAGGCCAUUGAACACUGUCGCAGCUACAAUGCCCGUCUGUGUGCCGAGCGCUCCAUGCGUCUCCCCUUCCUGGACUCCCAAACCGGCGUGGCCCAGAGCAACUGCUACAUCUGGAUGGAGAAGAACCAUCGUGGACCAGGCCACGCUCCAGGUCAGUUGUACACAUAUCCUGCUCGCUGCUGGCGCAAGAAGAGACGGCUAAAUAUCCUGGAGGACCCGCGGCUUGGACCAAUCGAGUUCAAGAUCGACUAUGAGGCCUCUCUGAAGAAGGAGGGGGGUAUCCCGGAGGGGCCCGUGUUGGAGUCGCUGCUUGCCGGGGAAACCCUGGACAAGAAGGUGGAAACCAAGGAGGAAGAGCCAAUGAGCGAGUGUCAGAAGUUGCUGGUUGGGGACUUCCCUCAUGAGCUGGAUGUGGAGGAUAUGGAGGAGGACAUCCCGAAGCGCAAGAACCGUACCAAAGGACGGGCCUGUGGCGUGGGGGGCAUGAGGAAGAGGCAAGAGCCCAGCACCAUUGAAGACAGAGAUAAGCCUUACGUCUGUGACAUCUGUGGAAAGCGCUAUAAGAACCGCCCAGGGCUGAGUUACCACUACACUCACACACACCUGGCGGACGAGGAGGGUGAAGAAGACUCGGAACGACACACGCUGCCCUUCCAGCGCAAAAACAACCACAAGCAGACUUCUAAGAAAGCAGCAGAUGGAUCGGUGAUCGCUAAUGGCUACUGCGACUUCUGUCUUGGAGGCUCCAAGAAGACUGGCUGUCCUGAAGACCUCAUCUCCUGUGCUGACUGCGGACGCUCAGGCCACCCGUCCUGUCUCCAGUUCACAGUGAACAUGACGGCUGCGGUGAGGACUUAUCGCUGGCAGUGCAUUGAGUGCAAGUCCUGCAGCCUGUGUGGCACCUCUGAGAAUGACGACCAGUUGUUGUUCUGUGAUGAUUGUGACAGAGGCUACCACAUGUACUGUCUGAGCCCCCCCAUGUCUGAACCACCAGAGGGGAGCUGGAGCUGUCAUCUGUGUCUGAGACAACUGAAGGAGAAGGCCUCAGCCUACAUCACCCUCACUUAA